AUGAUUUCCAAUUUGUUUUUCGGUUUUAUAAUUCUCUUCGUAACAAAUUUAUUAACUAUACAACAAAGUGCAGGACAAUUGACGUCAACAAAGUGCAUUCCAACAACAAGCUGCUUUCCAACAAGUUGGAAUUCAUCUGGUUAUGUCGUAGCAAGUGGUGGUUAUUACGGAGGUCUAGCUGUUGACGAUGAUUUUAAUGUAUAUGUAGCUGACGGAAAUCCACGUCGUUUACAAAAGUGGGCUCCAUGUGCUGUGCAGCCAGUCAAUAUGCUAGAAGGACAAUUUUCACACAAUCCUUUAUUCUUUCAUUCACCGAGUCGUUCACUUUAUUAUAUUGACACGAUCUUAGGCAAUCCAACUGUGUAUAAACUGUUACCUGGACAAACAGUACCAGUGAAGGUGGCCUUUGGUAACGGUGUUGGAAAUGGAUUAAAUCAAUUGCAACGAAAUUGUCGUGGUUUAUACGUGAAUGAGGUGGGUGAUGUAUAUGUAUUAGAUGCUUCCAACCAACGAGUAUUGAAAUGGAUGGUGAAUGCCACUAGUGGUGUUUUGAUAGCAGAUGCAGUAAAUAACGUUGUUUAUGUUGCAGACACAGGUAAUCAUCGUAUUCAAAAAUACAUCAGUGGAUCAGUAAAUGGAAUCACCGUGAUUAGUGGCCCUUAUCGAACAAUUUCCCCUACUGUGUUCAGGGAGAUCUAUUAUCCGCAAGCAGUAUUUGUCGACAGAACUGGUAACAUUUUAGUGGGUGAUUGGGCUCGAAUUACUAAGUGGAUAUCGAAUGGAUCUACUGGUAGUUUUACUGGUAGCCUUAUCGCUGAUGGAAUACAAGGAUUCAACGCAAACGCUACACGAAUGGAUACACCAUCGGCAUUUGCAUUUGACAGAACCGGAAAUCUGUACGCUGUUGACUGGAGCAAUCAACGAGUACUUAAAUUCAAUGUCAUGUCUCAACAGUGUACCACUUAA